AUGCUACAGACGCAUGGGGGACCUCACAACAAUGGUACGUCCUUCGGCCACCCAACACAGAGUCCGCCUCCCGUCUCUCUCUCCUCAGACCCACGAAAUGUUCCUCCCUCUCUAAUACAGGCCUUUCCAUGGCUCGCAGGCACCGAUUCACAUCACGAAGAACCUCGCGGAAGGAGCAGAACCCCAACAACACAGCUGCAACUCCCCAAGAACCGAAGCACCGGAAACCUCGCCGUUAUAACCGACGACAACAACACUGGCCGCGGUCGAAUGCGGUUUUCCUUCGAUGCCGGAUCUGUCGCAGACGGCAGCGACCAUGUGCCACCAAGAUCCUCCAUUGUAACAGACCACGACCAUGGCCUCGGUCUAUCCGGAUUGCGACGAAUUCGACAACAACCGUCUUCGCGAGCUCCCUCCGCAGCCCCUUCCAGAAGCUCCUCCAUCGGUCUAUCGAGAUCAACAUCUAUGACAACACUACUCGCGAACCCUCCCGGCAUGCCGUUUAGCUCUCAUCCAUCGUCACCUAACUUCUCCGAAGACCUCUCCCGCUUCCCCUCCGAGUCAUUACACUCCUUCUCUUUCGCCCACCAGUCCGAGGAGUAUAUACACAACCGGCAAAAUGUCCUCAAGCGAUCCAUAGAAUUCAUGAAAGACCGGAUGGGAUGGUCCGUUUCACCCUCCAACGUUGCGCUUGCGAGCGCCCAGGCAAGGGCCUCCGGGGACGUCGAGACUCAGAACAUGCUGGACUUGCUGGCUAGGGCACAGCUUGUCGGAGCGGGCAACCUUCCAUCCAUGGAUCAAUCCAUCCUCGGUCCUUUGACGGGCCCCCCGCAAGUUUCGGGGGAGAAUCUCUUUGAAGCGAACUUCAUUCCUCGAACAUCAAGCCCUGAACCCUUUCAGUCUCCCAGUCAGUCUCCAACUGCGACCCAGUUUGCAACAUUUUCCCCGAACGACCGACCGUCAAUAAAGCAGCAAGAUGAAAAUCAGAAAGUCGCCACGGGAGACAGUGAAUCGGAAAACUCGAGCAGGACGCCGACGAACGAGAGUGGAACAACUGCAAAGACAUCCCCGCCGCCAUCUCGAAGACUUAGCCUGAAGCGAACGCUCACAGAUACACUACCGGUCUCGGUUCACCAGCAGCUCAUCGACACCAUGGCACAACCCUAUCUGGCAGCUCAAGAGAUGCUAGCUUCACCAACAACCGCGAACAUGCCAAGUGCACUUGGCCCGGCUGUGCAUGGACACUCGACACGGUGGGUCCCAGCAGCGCAGGCCAUUUUCACAACAGAGUCAAAACCGCCAUGGACGAUUAUCGCGGCCAACGACCUUGCUUGCUUGGUUUUCGGAGUCACAAAGGCUGAAGUGCGGCGGAUGGGUAUUCUAGAGGUCGUUCAAGAAGAGCGGAGAGAUUGGUUGGAGAAGAAACUGCUGCAGAUGGAUCCUGAAGACACUACCAAAGAGGCGGAAGAUAUUCCGAAAACAGCGACACCUGCACCAACGGUUUCUGCUGCUUCGACAACGUCAACGUCACUUCUGGGCGGACGAGGUGGGAUUACGGCACAGCUCUUGAGCAAGCCAAACUCCAGAUCACAGCCCCCGAAAGUUGUCACUCGCAAGGCACAAACCGUUCACAGUGGAGAUCCCAGCCCGCCCAAACUCAGGGGAAGCUCACGGCACCAAAGCAGUCGGUCGAGAGGCGUCCUUCUAUGCGGUGAUGUGGUUCCAAUCCAGAAACGAAACGGUGCGACGGGUUCCGCCAGUUUGUGGGUAAAGGAGAAGCGGGUUGGUCUCAUUUGGGUCCUUGAGGAAAUCCACGAAGAUGUAGCUCAGAUUGAGCUGGACGACGACGGCAUUGUCCAGAAAAUUUCAGGAGCCACAGCACCAAUUUGGGGCUUUGAGUCACUGAGACCUGGCGUGGAUAUCGGCAAGCUGAUCCCACGCAUUCCUCGGCAAGGCAUCGACCCUCGCACUGGCGAAGUAGACUUUGCGCAGAUUGCGAGGCGUAAGUUUUUCACAUGCCCAAACCCAAGCAAAGUCAACAUUCCCUGCAGCGUCGAGCAAGUACGGGGCAAGACAGAGCUACGCGUCUCGAGCUUCCCGCAUAUUGCAGGGAUCAUCGUCGUGGACCCAGAGACUCUGAAGAUUCAAAGCUCAAAUUCGGUCUUCUGCGGCGCUCUGUUUGGCUACGAAAAGCCCGACGGCAUGGCCAUUGACUCUUUGGUGCCCGACUUUGAAAAGAUUCUCCAUAUUCUGACGGAAGAGGAUGGUGUUCAACUGCAGGAUGGGAUUGUGGUGCCAGAGCACAGCUUCCGCCGGGCGUCGGCGAUUCUGGGUCUACGGGAAAAUCGCCCGGAUGCGGCUGCGAGUUUCUUGCGGCCGGACGGGGUACCCGGAAAGCACAGGGAUGGGUCAGAGCUCAAGGUUGACGUGCAGAUGCGGGUGGUCAGAAGCGCAAAACAAUCCACCGUAAUCCAAGAGACCGUCAUCGAGGACGAGGACGAAGACAAGGACGGGGACAACCAGGACGACUCUUUCUCUGUCACCCACUCAGAAAUGGUCUUCGCUCUCUGGAUUACUUACUCCAGGCACAUGCACGCCGCCCGGUCAACGCUCGGUGUGACGUCGGCGUCCGCCUCUGGAACGACAACUCCCUUGCAUCAGCCAUCUCCUGGGCAGACACCGGCGCACACCCCACUGGAGAUUAGCUCGGAUUCCGAUGAGCCAAAACCUCGAGAGUCUUCGUCGUCGACGGCAUCUGCCAUCACCAAACAACUCAAGGAAGUCGCGAUGACGGCCGCUGCAAAGUUGACCGGCUCACAGCGUCCCACGGACAAGAAGCAGGAAAAACCAUCCGUGCCAAAGGUUAUUGAGCCAGCACAGCAGAAAAAGUCCAUCAAUGACUUCCAGAUCCUCGAAGACAUGGGUCAGGGCGCUUACGGUCAGGUCAAAUUGGCCAAAGAUAAGAAGACGCAGAAGAAGGUGGUUCUCAAGUACGUGACCAAGCGACGUAUUCUUGUAGACACGUGGACGAGAGAUCGCAAGCUCGGCACAGUGCCUCUGGAGAUUCACGUUCUCGACUACCUGCGCCGGCCCGAUCUGCAACAUCCUAAUAUUGUCGAAAUGGAAUCCUUCUUCGAGGACGAGGUCAAUUACUACAUCGAGAUGGUGCCUCAUGGAUUACCGGGCAUGGAUCUGUUCGAUUAUAUUGAGCUCCGCAGCAACAUGGAGGAGGCUGAGUGCCGCAGUAUCUUCGUCCAGGUUGCCAAGGCUAUUGGCCAUCUGCACACCAAGGCACUGGUGGUCCAUAGAGACAUCAAGGACGAGAAUGUGGUCUUGGACGGCGAGGGUAACAUCAAGUUGAUUGACUUUGGAAGCGCAGCGUACAUCAAGAACGGCCCCUUUGACGUAUUUGUCGGCACUAUUGGUAAGUCUUAUAGCUUCCCCUAUAUCGUGAUUGAAACUGACUGGUCAGAUUACGCUGCUCCCGAGGUACUCGCUGGCAAGCCAUACGGUGGCAAGGAGCAAGAUGUUUGGGCGCUCGGAAUUUUGCUCUACACGAUCAUCUAUAAGGAGAACCCGUUCUACAGCAUUGACGAAAUCAUGGACCGAGACCUUCGAGUCCCGUGGACGAUGAGCGACGAGAGCAUUGACCUGGUGCGGUGCAUGCUCAACCGGGAUGUGGCUGCGAGAUAUGACAUUAACCAGGUUCUCGCGCACCCUUGGUGCCAGGAGGUUGACGAGGAGUGA